AUGAAACUUGCCUUAUUAUUAUGCAGUUCUUAUAACUCAGAUGAACAUGAAGCGGCAGCUACAGAAGUCACUUUAGAUGUUGCAAAGGUAGAUCUUUCUUCCAUUAACAGGUUCCGUAGGACACCGUAUGGAAUAGAUACGAGUGUAUACGUAGCAAAGGAUGGUUAUAGAAUAUCAUCAGUGGUAGAUGGCAGAGUGCCUCUGUGGGCUACCACUGAUUAUUAUUCCUGUACACAUGUCACUGUUUUAACACCCAAAGAUGGAGAUAAUUAUGUGAACAUCUACUUCAAGGACAAAUACGGGUCAAAGGGCUCUCUUUGCCUUAAAAGAGUAGGAGCCGUGAAGGAGAAUGUACUGAAAUCUGUAACUUUGGAAGUCGGUGGUGAAAACAACCCCGCACACUUUAUUGUAAACAGGUUUUCAAACUUCCCGUUUUUGGUCUAUACGCCAAAUGUUGGCUUUCGCAUAAAGGAAGUGAAAUGCAACAAUUUUACAGUAUGGAUAGCAGGAUCCGAGAAUGAGAGAUGCGUUUAUGCCUCAUUUUACCCUAGGAAUUCUCCUACGCUGGGUUAUCUUAUACUUUACACACCAAUUGGUGUUAAAGAAUUCUUUUAUUCUUUUGUGAACUAUGAAUGGAUACCAGCUACAAGGAACGAGUACCGACUUGGUCUGGCGGCGGCUGGAUUUAAGGAAUCAACAUUUCGCAAUACAAUUACGCUGGAUAUCAAUAAUACUACCAGUAAAGCCUUUUAUGUACAGGAAUAUAAAAUAGAUCAAAACUCCUUAAGGGCGUAUAAAACACCUCCAGGAGUGAUCCUGAACAAGGUUGUUUGUGGAGAAUCUACUAUUUGGUUUGAAAAAGAAGGGUGCUGUACAUAUGUGAAUACAAUGAGUAUAUUUGGAACCGCAUACACAUGUUUUAUUUUUGUGAUCGAUUCAAAGAAUAAUCGUCAAAUUUUGUAUUUUAAAAAACAGGAUGAUGAAUGGAUAUCUAUAAAUAAGGACACAUGUAACACACCUUUGACAAAUAAUGUUUAUUUAGGAGAUAUUGGAGCUAUGGAUCAGCCUCGACUCCUCAUGAGUAGUUUUAGGAACAGGCAGGACUUAAGAAUCACAAGCUACGCUUCAAGAGUUGAUAAUUCCAAAGGUGAUAUCAUUCUUGUUCAUGGAAUCCGUUCCCAUUUCAUGUCUGAAUUUUGUGCAACAAAUUUGGAAUGGAACUUUGAGAGAAUAGAUUUUCCACUAUUCUUGAAUGCUUCUCCCUUUGGAGGAUAUAUUUAUUUGAGCGAAAAUUCAAAUGUUGAUAGAUAUAGACAUCUUUUCGAACACGGAUGUCUAGAUGGAUUAGAUGCGUUUGAGGUAUUACCUGUGUAUGAGUACAGGAAUAGUUUGCUGGAAUACCUUAACAGACUAGGUUACAAUGUCUAUGGAUUUGACCUUCAGUCUCAGGGUGUCUCCGAGUCAGUUGGAGAUAUGAACUGUUGUGUGAACGAUUUUAAAGAUUACGUCAACGAUCUCUUGCAGUUUAUAGAUAUCAUAAAAAGAGACAAAUUUGGGGAUACUUCUCAAACAUGGAAUGAGAGAGUGCUCCAUGGAACUCCUCAGACUGAUAGAAAGACCCUUUUAUUUGGGUUUUCUAUGGGUAGUAAUAUCGUCAUCCAAGCGAUCCAAACAUUUCAUAAAAACGCUAGGCUUGGGAUAAAACUAGUAGAUGGCACUUUUGGUAUUUCCCCAAUGUUAGAUUUAGAUAUUCAUAUAGACAAUGCAGUCAAAUGGAUAUCUUUUCAAGCUAUUUGGCUUCUCUCAUUCAUCAAUCCCAAUGGUCUAAAUCCUUAUGCAGAGGCACUAAAUUAUGGAGAAAACUUUGAGUUUAUAGUGAGAUUUCACGAUCCAUAUUACCAUGUGAGCAAUACUGCAUUAAAGAUGAUUGACGUGUUGUUUAGCGCAUGCGAAACAGUGGAUAAAGGGGAGAAUAUGGCUAACUAUCCAAAGGAUUUGCCAACACUUUUUGUUCAUACCAAAGGUGAUCGCUUAUGCGGAAUAAAAGGCACAAGGGGUAUUAUUGAGAGGCACCUAAGCGACAGCGAUGUUGUAAGGUUGGUAGAAUUUGAUGGAUCCGUUCACUAUUUGACAGCUCCUCAGUCGCUUCAUCAUUUGAUCCCUGUUUUUACCGACUGGUUUGAUACAUAUGGUUAA